AAUUUAUCACUGUUUAGCUUGCUUGGCUUCUAAACCUCUCCCUGCCUCACAGCAAUCUGGGACUAGCCUUGCACACAGUGAGCUGAGCACACACACACACACACACACACACAAACUACUUUCUGUAAAAGUCUCAGUUCUAGAACUCUGCUGAUUAGAUUGAUAGCCUGUUGCAACUUCCAUGGGAGCAGCCUCUUGCUGGUGUUAGGAAUUGGGCUCUGGAUUUACACAUCAGCACAGGGAUUGUUUAAGGACUCUUGAAGUGUAAUAUGAAAGCUCCACAAAGGCACACAGGACGCACAGAUCAGAUGCUGGGUGCUAUGGCAGACAUACUGGGAUCUUUUGGACUUCCAAGCCAUCAAUGGAUGCCAGAAUCUUGCUCAGAGGAUUCCACAGCCCCUGAAAUGAACAGUGUGGAAGAGAAUGUGGAAGAGCAAAGUACCCCAGAUAUCGAGAAGGAAGAGCGCCACGCAGAGCUUUUAGAGACAGCAGCCAAACCACAAGUUCCCCCGGAAAACACAUGUCCUGGAGCUGGCAGGACUCGACGCCUCUCAGAUUUCUGCACGUGGUUCGGAGAGAACAUUCUUCACUUUUCAGAAGAAGAAUCCUAUUCUGUUGCUGGAAGUGAUGGAAGUAUAUCAGCAUCGGUGGCAUCCAUCCAACCACAACCUUCGACCAGCUCAGCUCCGAGUUCCCCUGGAUCCAGGAGGUCAGUCAGCACGCUAAAGAAAUGGCUCACAAAUCCUGUCAGAAAACUUAGCAGUGGCAGUCGCUUGGAUGCACGUCAAGCUAAAAAAGUUGAAAGCCGGCCAAAGCGAGGUGUACCUGGAAGAAGGAGAAGUGCCGAUGAUGGAGGAAGUGGAAUAUUUGGACUUGAUGUUUUGAGGAAGAUGGAGGACUUCACUCAACCAGAAGAAAAGAUUUUGGGAUGGAAAGAAUUAGACGCCCCUGAUACUCAUCCACUGCCAGACCUGUCUAUAUUGAAUGAUUUGUUACAAGAGGUAACCACAGAAUCCGACAACAAGGAUCCACACAGUUCCUACCUCUCAGAUUCCAUAGAUUCACCAAUUUCAGAACUAUCUGUUCCUCCUGCCUUCCCCCCAGCAGAAACAGAAGAAGAAAGGAAGAGUGCCUUAGAAAAGAGUAUGUAUGUCUUAAUGGAGUUGAUAGAAACAGAAAAGAUGUAUGUGGAAGACUUGGGCCAAAUAGUGGAGGGUUACAUGGCAACCAUGAUUGCACAAGGAAUUCCAGAGGAUAUGAAGGGGAAGGAUAAAAUUGUGUUUGGAAAUAUUCAUCAGAUUUUCGAUUGGCAUAAAGACUAUUUUCUAGGUGAACUUCAAAAGUGCCUCGAGGAGCCAACUAGACUAGCAGAUCUUUUCAUAAAGCAUGAGCGCCGGUUGCACAUGUACGUGGUAUAUUGUCAGAACAAGCCUAAGUCUGAGCACAUUGUGUCAGAAUAUAUUGAUACCUACUUUGAGGAUUUGAGGCAACAAUUGUCACAUCGUUUGCAGCUCAAUGACCUGCUCAUUAAACCAGUCCAGAGGAUCAUGAAGUACCAGCUCCUCUUAAAGGAUUUUCUCAAAUAUUAUAGUAAAGCUGGACAAGACCCAUCAGAACUGGAGAAAGCAGUGGAAGUUAUGUGCUUUGUACCGAAGCGAUGUAAUGAUAUGAUGAAUCUUGGCCGACUGCAGGGGUUUGAGGGUAAAAUAACAGCUCAGGGGAAGCUUUUACAACAAGAUACAUUCAUGGUGCAAGAACAGGAAAGCAGUUUUCUCACUCGAAGCAAAGAACGUAGGGUCUUCCUCUUUGAACAAAUUAUCAUAUUUAGUGAACCCAUUGAUAAAAAGAAAGGCUUCUCGUUGCCUGGGUACAUCUUUAAAAACAGCAUCAAGAUCAGUUGCCUUGGUCUUGAGGAGUCUAUUGAGAAUGAUCCCUGUAAAUUUGCACUGACAUCACGUGGUGCAGACAGGAGCUUGGUCCGCUACAUUUUACAAGCAUCUUCUCCUGAAAUCAAAAUAGCCUGGGUUCGAGAUAUAGGGCAGAUUCUGGAAAGCCAACGUAACUUUCUCAAUGCCCUUCAGUCGCCUAUUGAAUACCAACGCCGAGAAAGCAAAUCCAAUAGCCUUGGUCGAGGCUGCAAUAGCCAAAUGAUGGAAGCUGCCCGUGGUGGCCUCAGGCCCCAUUCUUCCGCCUCCAUGGAUAGGAAUAAAGUGCCCAAUCUUAAAUCAUAUAAUUCUUCCCUGCCAUCCCUAUAUCUGCCAAGCAACUCAAGACCAGACAGCAGACAUCUUGGAAACAAGACUCAUUCAACUCGAAAAAGUUCUUACUCAGAUGUCCUUCCUCCACCGGCAGUUGUAUCUCCUGCACAUAUAAACCUUGACUUCCAUCGCCAUCCAGAGUCCUCCGUGUCUACAGUUUCAAAUGGAACAUCACAAAGUGAUCCCACCAUUCGGAAAAUAAGCACAUUGGGUCGUGAACUACCUGGCUAUGUCUCACCUUUUGAUGAAGUUGGACUGCCAGUUCCAAGGCUGGCUAAGCUGGACGAGGAUGAACUGUGAGAUUUGUACAUGUUUUGCAUAUAUAACUAUUCCAGGAUGAAGAGGAACAAGUUGCAACCUUUGGUCUGAGACCAAUGAACAGAGAAGGAUCAUGCUCUUGUCCUCACAAUGUGCUAAAUCUGUGAGAAAGGAACUCACCUUUACGCCUUUUCCAGUCUAAUCAAAGACUGCUGGUGAAGCAGUUGGAAGCCUGUUCUAUGACAAGCUACGUUUAUAUGACUUAUGAUAUACUCCACUAACGCUUGGGUGACUUAUUUAAUGGAACAUUAUGUCCAGUGUUACCUAAAUAUGGGGACUGACUCUAUGUCAAUCUUCAGAGAGCCCAGGGAAAAAUUGCCCGGUGUUGAGAUUUAGCUGUGCUCUUUUUUAAGGACAGUUUCAUCAUUGGGGAAAAAAGACAAUUGUGCAAGUCACCAGAAUCCCGGUUAAUGCAUAUGGAAGCUGUAAUUUUUAAAACUGAGCAAAAUGUUGUGCCUGCAUAUAAAGUUUGUCUUGAUGUGGGGUCAUCUUGAGACAUAUUUAAUUCAAGUUUUAUACCAAUUGUUAGGACUGAUGUUUCUGAUAGCAAAGUGGGAAUGUGACCAGAAGUUACUUUAUGUGAUUGGAUGCCAAUCUGUUAUCUGAUGCUGGUAAAAUAUAAAAUAUAGGCUUAUUCCUGAUGUGUGUCGAUCCACAAAUCUACAGUUGCAGACAAGAAAGUGCAGAACGAGAAGCAAUUUCAUAAUUGAACAUCACUUUGAUCACAGAGAAGGCACCACUGAUGGGAAACCAACUGUUCAAAAUGUGGAAUAAAACCCAGUCACACAUCUAAUCUAUAUUGGUCAAUCUGUAGACUGACUGUAUUACAUGGAAAGGAAAAUAACAGGGAAUGUUUGCAUCACAUUCUGUAGUUGAAUUUUGUGGCAUGAUAUAAUAUGAUAUCCAUUGAUCAACCAUUCUGUCAGGAGGGACCUGUAUUGCAACACAAAGUAGAAUAUUUUUAACAAGGACACACAGUGCAUAAGCAAUUAUUUUUGUACAUUCCUUGCAUAUGCAUACAUAUAGUCCCACUGAUUAAUUCACCAAAGCUGGUUAAUCUGUCUUUAAUAACAUUUUAUUUUUGCAUGUGUAUAUUUGACACAGAAUAGCGUGCUAGCGCUGCACCAAAUGUUAGAUUAUAUGUCCUUUAGAAUUUGAAACAUUCUCAUGUUCACAAAAUGAACCGAUGUUCUUUUAAUCACAUCAAUUUCUUCCCACAUGCACUAAUCGAGGGGAGACUCUGGCCUGGGAUUUCUGUUAGGCAGUAAUUUGGUAAAUGGUAAAGGGAUUUUGUUGUGAGAGCAAAAGAUGGUAGUCAAACUACAGCAAGGGCAGAGAGGGUUUUAGGCGUCUGGGGUCUGCUAAAAGUCUCUUUAAUGCUAAAUAAUAACCAUCAUAGUGUCUAGCAAACAAUGCAGAUUGUAUGUAACCCAACUAUUGAACAAGUCGUUCUGUCCUUUUUCACUCUGGAUUAUCUAUAAUAUGUCAAUUCUGAGAAAGCCAAAGGCAACUUUGUUAAGUCUUCAGGGUUUAUUAAAUAAGCAUAGUAAAGGUAAAAAAGUAAAAAAUAAGUUGUGAUGAAAUGGCACAAAUGAGUCACAAUAUAUAGGUCAAAAUAGCUUGGAAGAUUUUCCAUAUAUUUUAACAUGAUUUUUGUAGCUACUCUUAUGUUUGCUAACUCACUAUUUAGUAAAUAAGCUACUUUCUGUUUCAAACUCAUAUAAUAGUUUUUUAAAAAGUGUUUUGUCAAGAUGAUUUGAUGGUGCAAUUUCCUGUUAUAAUUUUAACAGGGGUUUAUCUUGAUAUUUUACCAAAUAUAUUCAUAUAACGUUCCCUGUGGUUUACAGAAAUAUAUCAUAUAGGCUGGGCUUAGUGGAAUGAACAAGUGCAAUAAUAAUUCUGACAUAUUUGCACAUGACAUAUUUCAUGUUAAAAAAGGUUAAAUCAAGGUCCCUUAAUGGAUGUUAGAACCCUGGAUUUUUAAUCCAUGUUUCACAUAAGAGCACCAAAUAACAGAGGACCUGUAACUGAUACUCUAAUUACUGUACCUUGGUUUUACAUUUCAUGGAGCAAAUAUAUGUAAUAAAUCAGCAUGUGAUAGUCUGAUGGAUAGAACUCAAUCUGCUGUAGCAUUCAUCUGGAGAUACAAUAAUGGAGGUCAUAUGUCCCCUUUUAUUUGAGACACUUAGAAAAGCCGCAUUUGCAGGGAACAUAACCAGCUAGGAUCCCUAGUAGGCAAAGGAGAGAUACACUGAUCAGCCACAACAUUAAAACCACCUGCCUAAUAUCGUGUGGGUCUCCCUCGUGCUGCCAAAACAGUUUUGGUGCAUCAAGGCAUGACUUACACAAGACCUCUGAAAAGUGUCCUGUGGUGUCUGACACCAAGACAUUAGCAGCAGAUCCUUUAAGCCCUGCAAGUUGCGAGAUGGAUGUCCAUGGAUCAGAUUUGUUGUUCCAGCACAACCCACAGAUGCUCUAUUGGAUUGAGAUCUGGGGAAUUUGAAGACCAAGGCAAAACACUGAACUCUUUGUCGUGUUCCUUAAACCAUUCCUGAACAAAUUUUGCAGUGCGUGGCGGGGUGCAUUAUCCUGUUGAAAGAGGCAACUGCCACCAUCCCAUGAAGGGGUGUAUGUGGUCUGCAACAAUCUUUAGGUAGGUGGUAUGUGUCAAAGUAACAACCACAUGAAUGCCAGGGCCCAUGGUUUCCCAGAAGAACAUUGUUUAGAGCUUAUUAACACUGCUUCCACCAGCCUGCCUUCUUCCCAUAGUGCAUCCUGCUGCCAUCUUUUCCCCCAAAUAAAUGACGCACAUGCACCAGGCCACCCACCUGAUCAAAUAAAAAAUGUGAUUCAUCAGACCAGGAAACGUCUUCCACUGCUCCAUGGUUCAGUUCAGAUGCUCACAUCCACAUUGAAGGUGCUUUCAGCAGUGUCAGUGGUCAUCAUUGGCACUCUGACUGGUCUGCGGCUAAGCAUCCCCAUAUGCAGUGAACUGUGAUGCACUGUGUGUUCGGAUACCUUUCUAUCAUGGCCAGAAUUAUGUUUCUCAUCAAUUUGAGCUUUCAGUUGCUCUUCUGUGUGAUCGGACCUAACAGGCUUGCUUUUGCUCUCCACGUGCAUCAAUUAGCCUUUGGCACCCAUGACCCUGAUGCCAACUCACUGGUUGUCCUUUGGUAGGUACUAAUCACUGCAUACCGGGAAUACCCCACAAGACUUGCCAUUUGAAGACUUGCCAUUUGGCUCUUGUCAAAGUCACUCAGAACUUUUUGCUUGCCUAUUUUUCCUGACUGUUUACUUUUUUUGCCUGACAUAUCCCACCCUUGACAAGUGCAAAUGUAAAGAUAUAAUCAAUGUUUUUAGUUGCACCUGUCAGUGGUUUUAAUGAUUUGGCUGAUCAGUGUAUGUAAACAAAUUAAAAACUGCCCCCUCCUUUUUGAAUUAAAUCUAAGAAGAUCAUGUUGCUAAGUGAAGACAUGCCCAUACGCACACACACAUUUCUUCUUAAACUGUAUCUCUCCAGUUGAAAUUUCUACAAAAAGUGGUAAGGAAUAUGAAGCUUAAAACUGAUUUAUGCAAUCGGCAUAGCAUGAGCAUUACUCAUGACUAAAGUUAGACUUUGAGUUUUUCCAGUCAUAGAGAAAAACAACCAGUUUUCUGAUUUUAGAUUCUGACUACAUGACUAGUUCCUAUCAUGUGAAUCCAAUUUUAAAAAAAAACUCUAUAGCUGUAUGAUAGUGGUCUGCAAAAUAAUUUACACUCUAAUCAUCUAUCUGUCUGCUCACCUUAAAAAUGUACAGUGGGUAAUUUCUAUGUAACGGACUGAUCUUGAUUCUAAAACACAACACCAAUAUAUUAGAUAUUUUUAAGGGAAAUAUUUAUUGAAAGGAAGAGUGGUGGAUUCACCCACAGCAUAAAAGAUGCCACAGGUUUAAUUUACAAACCUAAAAAAACAACCAUGUGAGUUGAUUUUAGAUGACAAAGCAGGUCAAUAAAGGAAUUAACAUUGUAAAAAGAAAAGUUAAAAAAGACAAUCGCAUUCUGUUUUGAAAAACGUAUGUAUCAGGAGAUGACAUCUGCUAGCUUGCCAUCAACUUGAAUAGCUGCUUCAGACAAUCCUGCUCUGACAUCCAUAACUGAGCCCAUCCUGAUUUUUGUUUUAUUUAUUGUUUUUUUUUGUAAAUCAGAAAAUGUUAUCUUUUUCUUGUUCACACUUUGGGAUUUUUCCACUCUAUAGAACAGUAAUGCCUGCCAUUGAGUUAGCUUGACCAUAAUAUGCUCAUUCAACAAGCAAUAUUUCCCUUUCAUCAACUUUGAUGUUAAUAACAAUUUAUUACAAUUCUUUGUUGAACUGACCUCCCUCUCUGCUCGUGUCUCUGUGGAAUGAGACAUUGGCAGAGCAGAAUAAAGUUGGCUCUGAUUGUUAUUCCUGACAAACAUUUCUGUGGUGAAAGCACAAGUACAGUCACAUUUUCCGCAAUAAUUGUGUUACCGAUCUUUGCUGGAAUAACAGAUAAAAAAACAACAAAAAAACUAAUAUAGGCUUUUAAUGUGCUAUUAGGCUGUCAAUGUAUUGUUUGUGGGUUUUGUUCUGGUAUCACCAGACUCUCGUACCAAUAUGGCAGCUUGGGUGAAAUAUUAAAAUGGAAGACUACUUCAUCACUAAGGACAAAAUGGCUUCCUAAAUCAACAGAAAGGAAAAUCUAAAGAUUAUGAAAUGCAAAAUGCAAAAUAUUAAGGUUAAGAGGACCUUCUAAAUAUGUUAGCCAAUACUAUCCUUUUAUGCACUGUUAUGUUUACAAUUGAAAUUAUUACGGAAAAAAAUGCUUUCAUUUUAAAUUGAAGGUAUUUUGUUACAAAGGGUAUAUCUUUAAUCAGAGUGUUGCCAGUUCUCAAACGCUUGUGCUAAAGACUCACCAACACAGCAGAUUUAUUUCUGCUAAUUUUUACAGCGAUAUAGUCAGAUCCUCUGUGCUAACAUGAGUUAUUUAAUAUGGAUAUAAUAACUUUGGGACAACAUCCUGAAGAUUAAAUCUGAGAUUCUAGGGUUCAGAAAAAUGCUACUCUACGAUUUAGUGUAGAAGGCUCCAAAUUCACAUAGGGGUGUACUAGAUCCUAUCACAUUAAUACUAUGGUAUAUAAAGUCCUGAAGUUAAAUUAACCAUGGGAUGCAUUCAGACAAUGAGUAAAUUGAGAACUAUCAGAAAAAAAUAGCCAUGGUAUGACUAUGCCAAAAUAACUAAUUUGUUAAAAUUCCCCAUAUCAGCCAUAGAUUUAGAAAUUAUUUAUAUUAUCAUUUUUACUUCACCAGAACUUGUUAAUUAGUGUAAAAAAAAAACCCAACCCAGUGAUCAUUCAAAACUCCAUAAUCAUUACUUGGACAGCCCUGGACAGAAUGUUACCUUUGAGUUCUUUGGUGAAUUCAUUCAUAUUUUUAUUUUUAAGACAUGUAUCCACUUCCUGGGUUACGUAAAACAAAACUUUAUAUUUGAUAUAUUUAAAUAUAUUUCAGCACAGAUUAUUGCUCAUGCUAAGUAAAAUGUUUUUGUAUCUUUUUUUUUUUAAUUGCAAAUCCCUGUUUCCCAAAAAUGAUAAAGCCAAUCCCAAAGGUAUUUUCAUCCCAUAAUCUGGGAUCGUCUUUUUGUAUGAUCAUGAAACAUGUUUAAAUGAAGAUUGUUUGAGUGGAGCCAUAUUACAAUGCUCUUGUCAGCUGUGAAAGAGUGAUUGAUAUUUAGUUCUUAUAUGAGUGAUUUCUGGCUCACCUUUGUCAGUGAGAGGAAAGUGUGUAUAUAUUGAAUUCUUUAUGGGAAAAAACGGAGAUAUCGUUUUGAUGUCUCUGCAGCCUUGUGUGACUGUCAAAAUGGUGACGAGGUUGACUGGAAGUUGUGUGUGGGAUUUCUCUAUGCUUUUGUUGUUGUUGAAAACGGUAUAUGUUUUCUAAGAAUAAUUGAAAGAAGAGCGUCUUUUCCCAGUGGCGUAUUUGUGAGCCAUGCACACUUGUCUAUAGCAUUAAACCGAGUUAAUUUGUGGCAUCACUGCACAUCCACUGCACUGUUCAUUUGGAGGCGUUUGUUGGAGCCACUGGGUGUUUAAAUAUUUAAUACACAAAGAGCAAAUUAGGAAGGAGACCAGUUCUAAGCUGGGAUUCACGAAAUAGCACACGUGAUACUAGCCAAAUAUCGUUGUUACUUCAUAUAGCCUGUCUUUCCCUUGCCCUGAAAGCGGGUUAGUGUAUAAUAAACUUGUAUAUGCAUGUUUUAUGGAAUAAUUUCUGAUCUCAGCACUAUGUUGUACAAUAUAAAGUGGAAAAUAUAUGUAAAAGGGCAGUGGGGGGGGAGGCGGAUUGCAAAAUUUGAAGUUUUUUGUUUACUAAUAAAGCUUUUGGUAUAUCAAAGGUGAAAUUUAA